UUAACCUUUUUUUUUGUAGUGGUUAAGUAUAUAUAUUAAACAAUAUAACUAUGGCAUCAGCAUCUGAUUCUCAAACAAUACACAAGGCAACAAAUGUUGAAUUUCAAAAAGGUCAUGUGUCUCGUAAGAAAAGAGGAGAAGUUAUUGGCCAUGCUCAAGAGUUUCGUGGCUGCACUAUUUGGUUUACUGGAUUGUCGGGUGCUGGUAAGACUACCAUAAGUUUCGCUCUGGAGGAGUAUCUUUGUUCAAGAGGAAUACCUACAUAUGGACUGGAUGGUGAUAACAUGAGGAAAGGUUUAAACACAAAUUUAGGAUUUUCUCCUAAGGAUAGAGAAGAAAAUAUUCGUAGGGUAAGUGAAGUUGCGAAGCUGUUUGCUGAUGCUGGAAUUGUUUGUCUGUCAAGUUUUAUCAGCCCGUACGAGAAAGAUCGAAGAAAGGCAAGAAAACUGCACGAAGAAGCUGGCUUAAGAUUUUUCGAGUGUUACAUCGAUACAUCUUUAGAAAUUUGUGAAACACGUGAUGUGAAAGGGUUGUAUAAAAAAGCUAGGGCUGGUGUCAUAAAGGGAUUUACUGGUAUUGAUUCAGCCUACGAAGCUCCAGUCAAACCUGAUAUUGUCCUAAAAGCUGGUGAGUUGAACGUUGAUGAAUGUGUCCAGCAAUUGUUAAAAGUACUAGAAAGCCACCAAAUAAUUCCAGGAACUAUGAUAAACGAAGUGGAAGAACUUUUUGUUACUGAGAACGAAGUUAAAGAAUACCAAAAGAAAGCCGAAGCAGUGCCAUGUAUUAAAAUUAACAAGGUCAAUAUGCAAUGGGUACAAGUAUUAGCUGAGGGAUGGGCGUCUCCAUUGAAAGGGUUUAUGAAGGAGCGUAGAUACCUUCAAACGCUUCAUUUCAACACUCUGCAAGGUGCAGACACUGUUAACCAGUCUGUGCCGAUAGUUUUACCAAUCAACAAUGAAGAAAAAGAAUUGCUGGAAGGUGUGGAAGAGUUUGUGUUGGAGUAUGAUGGGAAAAAAGUUGCCAUGAUGAAAGGAUUUGAGAUUUUUCCUCACCGAAAAGAAGAAAGAUGCUGUAGACAGUUCGGCACCAGGAGCGUUAAUCAUCCUUAUGUCAAAAUGAUCAUGGAGUCUGGUGACUGGUUGGUUGGAGGAGAUUUGUAUGUUUUUGAGGAGAUCAAAUGGAACGAUGGCUUGGAUGAAUAUCGUUUGAAACCCAACCAACUUCGGAAGAAGUUCUCUAACCUUGGCGCUGAUGCUGUGUUCGCAUUCCAAUUAAGAAAUCCAAUUCAUAAUGGCCAUGCGCUGUUGAUGCAGGAUACGCAUCGUAGUCUGUUGGAACGAGGCUUUAAAAAGCCUGUUUUGUUGUUGCAUCCACUUGGAGGUUGGACGAAGGAAGAUGAUGUUCCGUUAGUUGUACGCAUUCAACAACAUCAAGCUGUUUUGAAAGAGAAAGUUCUCGAUCCUGAAAGCACAGUGUUAGCCAUAUUUCCAUCUCCUAUGAUGUAUGCCGGUCCAACCGAAGUUCAGUGGCAUUGCAAGGCGCGCAUUGCGGCAGGUGCAACGUUUUAUAUUGUUGGGCGCGAUCCUGCUGGUAUGGGACAUCCUGACCAACCUGGAGAUUUAUACGACGCCACCCAUGGAAAGAAAGUAUUGACCAUGGCCCCUGGUCUUACGCGUCUGGAGAUUGUACCGUUUAAAGUAGCAGCUUACAAUAAGGUUAACCACAAGAUGGAAUUUUUUAACCCCGAGAAAAAAGAUGAAUUUGAAUUUAUAUCUGGUACUAAAAUGAGAGCGUUCGCACGAAACGGAGAACAACCACCGAAUGGUUUUAUGGCUCCUGCAGCUUGGAAAGUUUUGGCCGACUACUAUAGCUCAAUCUCAAAAAGCAACUAGGAUAACUUUGUAGCUAUUUAUAAAACGUAUUUUUAUAUAAUCAAUACCCUAGUUAAGUCGUAAACAGCACAUUUCAAAUAACUUUUAAAACAAUCUACAGUCAAUUGAAACCAAGCUUCAUCUAAAAACAAUCGUCUACCUGCUUGUAAAAUUCACGUGCGUUCUUAAAAAUUACCUUUGGGUAAACGUGUCUUUGUUUUGUAUUCGUCUGCAAAGUGUUCUUCGUUUGUCUUUAUUAGGUCAUAAGAGUUUGUAGGUAAAUAUUUUGUAAAAUGCGAAAUCAAGCGCAAUGAUGGUCUCAGAAUAACUUGAUUCGGAGAAAUUCUGAAUCGCCCUCACUUUUUAGGUGAAAUUACCUUUUUUGAUUUUUGAUAAUCUAGUCUCAAGACCUAAACAUUAACAUAAUCAGGCGUGUCUACACUGGUAAAGAUUUAGUGAUGCUGACAUCACAUGUGCUUUUGAUUGUGGCACUUAUGUAUCGGUAUACCAAGCUUUCAAUCUUGACAUUCUCUCAAAAUAAUCACCACUAUUUAACGCGGGUCUAUUUAAACGACACGCGUCAAAAGUAGUGUGCGGGUGUGGUAUAAGUGGCACGGUUGCAAAUUUCUUUUCAUUUUUUAUGGUACAAUAUAUAUUUAUUUUUUCUUUAAUGCUUAAAUUAUUGCACGGUGCCAAUCACGAAUAUUAAAAUAAACUGCAUUGAAAUGUGUGCUUCAUUUAUAUGAAAUACAAUGGAAAUAUAUUCUC